AUCUCUUAUAUCACGGCUGCCCCGCGGGUAUGUUCUCCCCUACUGUACGAGCACAUUCGCUUCACCUCAACCUCAACGACAAUGGCCAUAGGAGAUCAAGUUCCAGUUUCUUCACCUCCAAUCAACCCUCCUCCUCAAGUUAGGGGUCCACCCCCCCAGACUAUCCUCCCCUCUCCUGUGGGAAAUCCCCAACACUAUGGUCAAACCCAAGCCCCAAAUGUUAUUCUCCCCACAGCGCCGGCUCUCCAACAACCGCCAUCCUACUCUCAAGACCAGGCGAUGACAGCCAGCCCCAAUGUCCAGGUACUCCUCCAGCCAACUGGCCCUGCGGACUUGGAAGCCUAUCAUGCCAUUGCCACCGGAGAGACUCCAGCGAGGGCACCAGCGUCGAUAUUUGUCCAAAAUCUCUAUCGCACAACCCAGAAUAAUGUCUUCCCGGUGGCCGAGCGUAUGUCACUUGGUGUUUCCUCUAAUUCGCCAUAUUACGUUCUGGUAGCAACUCCCGCAACCAAUAGUACCGACGAAGUCAACAAAUUAACCUUGACACGCCGACAUCCAACGCGGGGAUCCUGGAGCGAUGCUUGCACCGCUGAAAUUCAACCGCGGCUGGUUCUCCAGGCAGGUGUAUCCCUCGUGGCAAUCAUUCACAUGCGAGGGCAAAAUUACAUGAGCAAUACCGGGCAAGAUAGGGUCGCUGACAGAUUCGACUUAACAUGGAAUGGCGACCGUGGGGCUUUUGCAAUAUGGCGAAACGAAGGGCAAAACGUCACCAUGCUAUUCGAAGUCGUGAAUGAAGGAUUCACAUCUCUUGAUACCUAUCCCACUACUGGUCUACUCAGGGUAAGUUUCCAUCGCGCCUACACAAUUCGUUCUAACCAAACCACAGGCCAUUCCCCAAGACUAUCCAGCCUCACAGGAGUUAGGUGUUCUAAACUUUACAGCGGGUAGCGGCCAAUUGAUCAUCUCACAUCCAAGCGGUUAUGCUCUCAGCGAUGUUGUCGCAGCCGCAGUCCUCACUGUCGCCACGGUAGAAACCCGAAAAUCCAAAAUCGUGCAAGAAGUGCCCCAGCAACAACAGCAACAGCAACAGCAGCAACAACAAGCCGCCGGCGGUAGCUAUGCGGAUCAGUGGCAGUUCAAACCCGGGUUUGCGCAAACCCAAGAGACGGACGAGUGGUGGUGGGUGGCGCUGGUGGUAUUAGGUUGGGCCUUGUAUAUCUUGUUGUGGGUAGCCAUAAUCGCAACAAUUUUCUUCUUCGAGUUCAUGAUUGCUUUCUUCGCGAUAUGUGGGAAUUAUUAUUAUUAUUAGUUUCUUUUCAAGUUCACCUAUUUCCUGAAUCCCAUAAUACCCAAUG